AGCGACGAGCUGUGAUGUCUCUCUCCUCUCAGCCUCUGCAGGGCAGUUAGCCGCAUUAGCUCCCUGCCUGUCCUCAGAUGACUCCUCCUCCUCCUCCUCUUCCUCCUCCUCGGCUGUCUGCUGUAUCCCUGCCUUCCCCCCCCCCCCCCCCCCUGCCUCCCCUCCUGUGACACACCAGACGAUGCAUUGACUGAACGAAGAAGGAGAAGAAGAAAACCUCUCCCCAGCCAGCCGUCCCGCCUGCUGCAUGGAGAAGGAAAGGAGGAAGAGGAGCAGAAGGAGCUCUUACUCUCUCCUCUUUCUGAUCCGCCUCCUCCGGUCUCCCACCAUCUCUGCCGCUGAGACCUGAACCUUCCUCACCUCAGACCUCAUGGAUCUGCCACAGGUUUCCCAAACCUUCUGCACCAUUCCCGGCACCUAAUCCCCUCGCUGUCUCGUCUCGUCCACUUUUGCCCUCGUUUAUCCUCCUGACUGACGGCCUCCAUCAUGACGGAGGGGCUCCUGCAGGUGGAGAUCCCUGACUUCGGCAGCAGCGUGCUGGGUAGCCUGAAUGAGCAGCGGCUGCUGGGUCACUACUGCGACGUCUCCAUCCUGGUUCAGGGUCAGUCCUUUAAGGCGCACCGGGCUGUCCUCGCCGCCUCCUCCCUCUACUUCAGAGACCUCUUCAGUUCUGUGGCUGACCCCUCCUCCUCUUCCUCACCGUCCUCGUCCCAAGCAGUGUUUGAGCUUCCAUCGUCGGUGACGCCAACAUGUUUCCAGCAGAUCCUGUCCUUCUGCUACACCGGACGCCUCAGCAUGGCAGCCAGCGAACAGCUGGUGCUCAUGUACACUGCCGGCUACCUCCAAAUCCAGAACAUUGUGGAGCGAGGCAUGGAGCUGAUGAUGAUGAAGGCGUCCUCCUCUUCCUCUCCUCUUUGCUGUGACUCUCAGACGACCUCAGCCGAUGAGCUCGGGGGGUUUGAUGCCCCCGUGGUGCAGCAGCAGCAGCACAGCACCCCCCAGCUGCAGGAGGUCAGUCCAGACCAGCCGUCUCUGAGCCCGGAGGCGCUGCUGCUGGCUGUCAGCAGGAUCAAACAGGAGAGGUCCGACACGCCUCCGGCUGAGGAGAACGGAGGAGGAGGAGGAGGAGAGGAGGCCAGGGCGGACGUGGUCGGGGAGCUGCAGACCUCCAGGGGCAGCGCUCUGUGUUACCUGAGCGCAGGUGGUUUGGUUCCAGGCCUGCAGUCAUACCUGCUGGCAGGCGGGGGGCGCUCCAGUCCAGCAGGAUCCAGCAUCCCCACUGACUCUCCUCCCUCCCACCCCCCAACUGAGGAGGAGCUGGAGGAGGAUUACUAUGGCAGCGCAGUUCAUCCAGGACUCUACCAACACAUCUAUUGUCACACCGGGAACCCCUACAUUCAGGAAAAGCUGGAGCUGCUGCCCCUCCCAUUGGCUAACGAGCGUCGGCCCUGCGUGCUGGUUGGCCGGGACAACAUGGCCCUGCCCGCCAGUCUGAUUAGUCAGAUCGGGUACCGCUGCCACCCGUCGCUCUACACAGAGGGAGAUCCCGGAGAGAAGGUGGAGCUGGUGGCAGGUUCAGGUGUGUUCAUGACUCGGGGUCAGCUGAUGAACUGCCAUCUUUGUGCUGGGGUCAAACACAAGGUGCUGCUCAGGAGGCUGCUGGCCACCUUCUUCGACAGGAACACCCUGGCCAAUAGCUGUGGAACAGGGAUCCGCUCCUCCACCAAUGAUCCGAGUCGGAAGCCUCUGGACAACCGAGUCCUGAACACGGUCAAACUGUACUGUCAGAACUUUGCUCCCAACUUCAAGGAAAGUGAGAUGAAUGUCAUCGCUGCUGACAUGUGCACCAACGCCCGCAGAGUUCGCAAACGCUGGCUCCCAAAGAUCCAGUCGCUCCUCCCGGAUGGCCUCCCCUCCUCAGCAUCAACCCACCCCCGUAAGGUCAAGAGAGGAGGUGGAGGAGGAGGAGGAGGAGGAGACCGGCCUGCCGGCAGCCCCUUUGAGCUGGACUUGCGGCAGCUCAGCGCCUCCUACCUGGGCCUGGAGGCGCCGCUGUAUGUGGAGCGCCGUGAGAGGGAGGCAGCGGGGGAGAAGGAGAAGGAGUCCCACCUGCCUCACCUGCAGUUUGCUGGGUCCCGGGGAGGAGAGGGAGGGCAGGAUGAGGAGGGGCUGAUGGGAGGCGAGGCAGACGGUGAGGGGAGGCAACAGACUGAACAGACCUCAGACCUCCCCCUCUCCCUGUCCUCCUCCCUGUCCUCCUCCUCUUCCUCCUCUUCCUCCUCCUCUCACCCCUCCCCUCAGCCUGCAGAGCCUGCCCCCCCUCACAGGGGAUUGGCCGACACAGAUAUGAGGGGGGAGGAGCCUACGGAAGACAGCCAAUAGUGUUCUGAUGCAUCUGCCUACCUGUCUGUAAAUAAAACAAGAGCUACCUGGCCUCACCUCCCCGUCUCUGCACCUGUCCGCCUGUUUCCUCCUGUCCACCUGUCCACCUGUCCGCCUGUUUCCUCCUGUCCACCUGUCCGCCUGUUUCCUCCUGUCCACCUGUUUCCUCCUGUCCACCUGUUUCCUCCUGUCCACCUGUCCACCUGUUUCCUCCUGUCCACCUGUCCGCCUGUUUCCUCCUGUCCACCUGUCCAC